AUGGAGGAUGUGACCGUGGAUGUUGGCAAGCCUCUGAAUGCCAAAAAUCUGAAAAGCAUGGGGGUCAUUGACAGAGUCUUAGUUAGGCCAACUCUUGACACAUCCUACGAAGCUCUGAAGGAUCAAAGGAAGAUACCCAAUGGGAUGUAUCUCUUCUCAAAGAUAGAUCCUCCAAAGGUCAUUGCUUACUAUCUUCAAGAUCUGGCAUCUCAAGGAGUGAACAUCUUUGAGUUCUCCGUGGACUGGCUUCCAGAGCAGCCACCCAACUUCAUGAAGAGGAAGAGAGGGCCUCCUGAAAAGUCUAAAAAGAAGAAGACUCUGAAGUUGAGAGAACCUUUUGUAACCAGAUCGGUUGUGCCUCUAGACUCCUCUGCAUCAAGUAAGUCAUAUCCCUCUAAAGCUCCUUUAAAUUAUAAUUUAAAUCAAAUAUCUUCCUAUCUACCUCAACCACUCCCCACUUACUCUCCCUCUGAACCCACCAUAUCCAUUCAAACUCCCUCUAAACCCCAUAUCUCUGACACUAACACACCCUCUGCACAUGUACAAAAAUUCAACCUAGAAACAAUAACACUCCCCUUAUCUGAAGUUAGGUAUCUAAAUGAAUCCAUUUCACCUCCUUCAUCCACUCCCUCGUCUCCUAUAUACUAUGAAAUCUCUUCUGACUCUGAACAGACAGAAAUCCAUGACCAUUCCUCUCCAACUUUGGCCCAACUCCAAGCCAUAGCACACUCUGAACAACCUUCAUCUCCACCUUCUAAACCUCCAACUGAACCACCUUCUGAACCUCCCAUUGAACCAUCUAAAACCAUUCACACUCCAUCUGAACCAAUUAAUCCAACAUUUGAACCUGAACCAACCCUGAAAGAGUCAUUUUCUUUACUUUUAGAAUCUUCAGCUGUUAAGCUCAGAACACUGUCUAAACAAUCCAACCUAAGUGAUAAUCCUUUGGAAGUAAGGACUCGCUGGAAUGGAUUUCUCAGAUGGAUGACAUCUGAGGUCUUCAAGCUGAAAGGACUCUCUAAAUAA